ACUCGCUCUGUUCACCCAUCCUCGGAGACUUCCCGGUGCAAUUCGCGAUUGUCUGCAGGUUAUGCUCUGAGCAGUGUCUCAUCCCCGAUCCCACCAUGGUGUCGACUACAGAAUCCUCUCCGCUCCUCCCCCAGCACAACCCGACUGCCUCCAAUACGUCACCGCGAGGAAACCGUCCGCCGCGGACGGUGACCUUCAACCCAUUGGCGACUGUCAGCACCUACCAUGACACCACCUCCGCAGAUCCUACCUUCAGACCGCUGCAGUCCGCCUCGUCGUCCGCUCCGCAUUCUCAGGAGAGUCAAUACCGACCGACCGGGCUGUCGGCCCUGAAUAGCAAGCUCCGUCGGCGCAACAGCCAUGGAUCUCCUUUCAGCACCGCACACCCUCCAAUCGCUGCAGCCCCCAAGGUCGGGCCCCAGAGAACGACGAAAAAGGCCCAGAAACUCAAGCUACUUCCGGAUCCUGUGACUGCCGAGGAGGAGGAGCUCGCUGGGGAUGACUUUCCGUCCGAUGUCUAUUCGCAGAUUGCACGGAUCAAAGAGCCGACAGCCAGGAGUCAUGCUGCAAGGUUAGGAAAGGCAGAUAGAGAGCGAUUGCCACGGGUGACAGCUUAUUGCACGGCCAAUUCGUACCGACUGGAAGGAAUCAUCAAGUUCCUCAAAUCACGCUCCAAGACCCGCGGGGCCAACCCGAAGCUCUACGACGAAUGUGUUUAUUCUCCAUAUGAUUACGACUACGAGGAAAAGCAAAAGGGCACAUGGGGCAUCUCCAGUAAUGGGCUAAGCCUGGGAGACAGCCGUCCACCUGAGCGACCCUCCAAUGAACGCCGGUACUCUGACAGUGUGGUGGAAGUCCAGGAUAACACCAAUGCUCGACGAGAAGAUCUCAUUGAUCUACGGGAUCCUCAAUCCCAUGCAACGGAUAUAGAAAGCGCUUCAACUACGGCUGUGGCAGAGAACCAGGGGGAAGUACAUCCAGAUCUCGAUACAACCAUUCAUACACCCGAAGUGUUCCUCUUCGAUUAUGGCACGGUCGUAAUAUGGGGCAUGUCACCGGCGCACGAGUCACGAUUCUUGUCCGAUAUUUCCAAAUUUGCUGCAUCCAUUCUCAGUCCCGAAGACACCCAGGUCGAGAACUUCAAUUUCUACUAUGCUCGCGAGUACCAGGCCCGGAUAUACAACGACUUUAUCUCCCUGCGCGACCCUCGAAACCACAUGAUCAAACUUGCAAUCUCCCAUGCGUUGGCUCAAUCCGUCAAGACCUCCCUGUUCGAAGACCUCGUAUCCGAAACCAUCUCCAACACUGCGCCGUUGCCCGCUCAGAUCGCCAAAACCGGCAGUGUCAACCUCACCAGACGCCAGAUCAACAUGCAAAUCGGCGAACUCUUUAUCCUGCGAAUCAACAUCCACCUCCAAGGCUCUGUCCUCGACAGUCCGGAACUCAUGUGGGCCGAGCCCCAGCUAGAACCAGUCUACCAGGCCGUCCGCAGCUACCUUGAGAUGGACCAGCGUGUAAGCCUCCUCACCGAACGACUCGACGUGAUAGCGGAUCUCCUCGCCGUCCUGAAAGACCAAUUAACUCACCGCCACGGUGAGUAUCUCGAAUGGAUCGUCAUCGUCCUUAUCGCUGCCGAGAUCCUCGUCGCCGCCAUCAACAUUCUGGUGGACUUAUACGCCGGCGUGGAAUAGAUACCUUCCCACCUACCGCUUGACAUCCAUUCCAUUUCCAAUAACACACCCCCCUUGCUACAUCAAUCCAGCCAACCCAGUCCCUCAUCAUUGCUUCUCGGCCUUACGGGGUGUUAAGGUUCGGUUUUCGUUCAUUCUUGCUUCCAGUACUGGAGUUAGGGGGGGCCGGCAUAUAUCUGAAUGGGAAAUAAAUCCUUGCAUCGAUGCAUAGCUUGUUAACCUGUAUCUAUACAUAAUUAUGCUGGUUCAUGUUCUGAGGCGGGGCGCAAUGGAAGCAGGGAUUUUAAUAGGGUGUAUAGCUGUUGCUUUAUCUUUCCCUCUACUACUUACCUUCCUACCUACCUAUGCUGUAACCAGGUCUGAAAUUCCUGUCAUGAAGGUUAAUAAAAGGGAGAGCUAGCC